AUGGCUAGUAGUGUUGAUAAUGAUCAACAUACAAAUUUCAAGCAUUUUUGUCGAAUAUGUAAAAAGGGUUUCAUGUGUGGAAGAGCAUUAGGUGGCCAUAUGAGAGCACAUGGUAUUAGUGAUGAUACUUGGAAUCUUGAUGAUGAUGAUGAUGAUGAGGAAGAGCCCGCAAGCGAUUGUGAAGAUAAUCAAGGAAACAAGAGAAUGUAUGGGCUAAGAACAAACCCUAAUCGUUUAAAUAGUUGUCGUGUUUGUGAGAAUUGUGGGAAAGAAUUCGUGUCGUGGAAAUCGUUUCUUGAACAUAGGAAAUGCAGCUCGGACGAUGGUGAAUCACUCGUGUCUUCACCAGAGUCCGAGGCUGAUGAUGAUGAGGAUGAGGGAUAUGAUAUUAAUGAAAACAACGAUGUAGGAAGAGAUUGUGGUGGUGGAGCUAGUAUUAGCGGUUGGUCGAAAAGAAAGAGAUCUUUUAGGGCUAAAGUUGUUAACUUUACUUCAAAUUGUCCAUCAAGUGGUCAAGAUGAAGAUUUAGCCCUUGCUAAGUGUUUAAUGGAUUUGUCUAAUGGGAGAGUUGAUCCAAUUGAAACCGAUAUAGAAGAGUCAUACACCCCAAAUAGGGAAGAGCAAAGAUUGAAACCAUAUGAAGAUUUAUCACCUUUCACAAGACCACCACCACCACCUUUAGAUAAAGCCAAAGGUGUAGCCACAAUUUCUAAAGGAAUGUUUGAAUGUAAAGCAUGCAAAAAAGUGUUUACUUCACAUCAAGCAUUAGGUGGUCAUAGGGCAAGUCACAAAAAGGUAAAAGGUUGUUUCGCAGCACGAAACGAUCAGUCUGAUGACAACAUUGGAGACGAUGAUGUCAUAACACACGACGAAUUUUUUCCAUCACCAAAACCAAUCUCGAGCUACAACUUUAGCCAAGGUCCAAGCACUAUAGGGCCAACAAUCGCUGCAGCGCCAUUAGUGGGAGCAGCACGCCGAAAAUCCAAAGUACACAAGUGCUCAAUUUGUAACCGAAUUUUUGCAUCCGGUCAAGCCCUUGGUGGACACAAGAGGUGUCAUUGGCUUACAUCUAACAUGACUACUGAUACUUCUUCUAUAGCAAAAUUUAACUUCCAUGAACAUAUUGAGCAACUACACCGACGAGCAUUGGCGUUACCUUCACAAAUACUCAACAAAUCAAAAGCCCUCGACCUCAACGUUCCAGUUACUCAUCACAAUAAUGUAUCUGGACUAGGGAAAGACUUUGAGAUUUCGACAGAGAUUAAUCUACAUUCAUUGAAUGUAGAUCAUAAGAAUGCCAAAAAUCAAGGUGAUCAACAAGAUCAAGAACGACAUAAGAACACAAUUAGCAAAAACCAUGAAAAAGAAGCAAUUACAAUGGAAGAAGAUAAUGAAGCUGAUAAUAGUAAGUUGAAAUUGGCAAAGUUGAGUGAACUAAAAGACAUGAGUAACAUCAAUGGGAGUUCAUCUUCAUGGUUGCAAGUUGGAAUUGGUUCUACAACAACUCAAGUUGGUCCAUCUCUUGACCCAUAACUUAUUUUAUAUAUAUUCUUUCCAUUUUCACAACAAGCUAGUAUAUAUAUUGCU